ACUGCUCUCCUCAUGGAACGUGAACGCAACACCGUGUAUGUGUGUGUGGGGUGCACCAGUUAAAUCCCUCCCCGGAUUUGACAACACGCACCUUGACUGCUUGUAAACAGAAGCUCACACGUGACACUGAGAGCCCGAUUGUCUGCGAGCGGACAAAGAGCGACACAAUCAGCGCGAGCAUCGGGUGCAGGUAAACGGCCAGGUGUCAUGACAACCGACAUUAUCAAGCAGACUUUCGUCCGUCGUUUGCGCUGCUGUGUUCGAGCGAGUCUGACCGCUUGAACUUCUUCAUGUCUGGAUCCCAAAUCCGAGCGUGUGGAGGGAUACCGACGUUAGCUGCGUUUUCUCCAGCUCGCACGCAGCUGGCAGCGGGUAAACAAAGCUGGACAGCCUUUGUUUCACCUCCUAAUUUAGCUAGUCGGUUCAUUCGCUUCAGCUGCGCUAAAUCUUACUUUUCUAGCUAACGUUAGCUAACCGUAGCUAGCAGUAGCUUCGACAUCAGAUUUUUUUUUUCUUCUUUUAGCUAACGUUAAUCUUGUCUUUUUUUUCACUGGCUGGAUGAGAUGUCAUUCACGAUGGAGGAUAACUUGGAGUCCGAGUGGGUGUCCGUCCGACCCAGAGUCUUCGACGAAAAAGAAAGGCAUAAAUUUGUCUUCAUCGUGGCCUGGAACGAAAUCGAGGGGAAGUUCGCCAUAACCUGCCACAACAGAACCGUGCAGAGACGGACUACUUUUCUUCUGGACCCGCUCCUUGACGGUGCCCCCGCUUGCGCUAUGCUUCUUUCCCCCGGUGCCUCCGUGGCAGAGAAACACACAAAAAGUAAGAAAGAUGAAGUCUGCCAAGCGGGUAAAGUUAGACCACUCUCUGCCCCUAAAGGGAAGCCCACAACUAAGGCUGUUGUUGCGGACAAAAAUGCUUUAAAACCCGGUGGUUCAAAGACAUCAGAGUGUGUCAGUCCCACAUUAGGGUCCUGGGAUAUUGUGACACCGAAAGUCAUGGAAAUCGAGAUCCUGGACCCAGCGGAUUUCCCGGUCUCUGCGGAUGAUGCUGACCCAGGGGACGGGUACGGUGACAGCAGCGGUCGUGAGGACUUCAGCUGGGCCGGGGUGUUCUCCUUCCAGGACCUAAAGGCAGCCCACCUCCAGCUGUGCGCCGUCAACUCGGACUUGGAGCCAUGUUUACCCUCCUUCCCCGAGGAGCAGUCCGGCGUGUGGUCGGUGCUUUUCGGUGCCUCAGGGGUGUCGCAGCGGGAGACGGACGCCCUGUGCUACCAGCUGCAGGUGUACCUGGGUCAUGCCCUGGACACCUGCGGCUGGAAGAUCCUCUCAGAGGUGCUUUUCUCCGAGAGCGAGGACACGGACGAGUACUACGAGAGCCUGAGUGAGCUGAGGGAGAAAGGCUAUAAAGAUGCUCUGGAGAGGGCCAAGAGGCGCAUGCAAGAGGUGUUGGAUAGACACAAAGCCAUGGACAGCAUGGUGGAGCUGCUGCAGGUGUACCCCGAGGAGGACGAGGCGUAUGGAGAGCUGCUGGAGGCAACAACUCAGCUCUACCACUACCUGCUUCAGCCUUUCAGGGACAUGAGGGAACUGGCAAUGUUGCGCAGACAGCAGAUUAAGAUCUCGCUGGAGACGGAGCGCCUGGGUCCUCGCCGAGUGGAGAGCCUGAGGAAAGAGGAUGAGGAGUGGCAGAAGAAGGCUCACGCUGCCGUUCUCUCCAUACAAGACCUGACUGUCAAGUUCUUUGAAACCACGACUAGGGCACAGAAAGCUCUGAAUGAGCGGAUGCGUGCUGACCAGAGAAAGUUUGGCAAGUCGGCGUGGGCAGCGGCGGUUGAACGCAUGGAGCGGCUGCAGUACGCGGUUUCCAAAGAAACUUUGCAGCUGAUGAGGGCCAAGGAAAUCUGCCUGGAACAGAGGAAACAUGGCUUAAAGGAGGAGAUGCAGGGUCUGCAAGGUGGGGAGGAAGCCAUGCUGCGUCUGGACCAGCUGGAGGCGCUGUACUACGAGCUGCAGCUGCAGCUGUAUGAUAUUCAGGCAGAAGUGCUGCGCUGUGAAGAGCUGCUGCUCACUGCACAGCUGCAGAGUCUACGGAGGCAAAUGACAGAGCGACAGGAUGAGGUGGUGUACUACGAUGCCUUUGAGAGCCCCGAUGCCAUGAAGGGUGAAGAAGAUCCUGCCACCCCACCGUCCCCCCUCCGAGAUGAAGAACUCGGCGUCCUACAGCAGAGGACACGGCAGCUCGAGGCCCGCAGGGGCCGCAUCACUGCCAAGAAAGUCUACCUCAAAAACAAGAAGGAAAUCUGUAUUGUCAAUCACAACCAGAAGAUACAACAGCAACAAGGUAGCCAUGGCGAUUCCCGGCAGACACUGCAACAGGGGGGUGAAGCUGAGGAAGAUGAUGAAGCCAAGAGCAACGCCAGAGUGAGUCAGGAGAGGCAGCGGACUCUGGACAGACUUCGCAGCCUCAAACAGCGUUAUCCCGGCCAGGUGACUCUGAAGUCCAGCCGGCUGCGUCUGAGUCAGCCUCACAGCCGGAGGAGAGCCGGACAACAGCCCAGCACUCAUUCGGCCAGCGUUCAGACCGACUGCAUCUCCGAUCUCCCAGAACUCUCUGCUCCUCCUCCACCCGAUGUCUGCAGCUGCGACAGCGUCUCUUUACCCACAGUUGAACUCGGAAAUCUUGACUCUUCACCUCCAUUCCUCUCACUGCCUCCCCUUUCAGACUCUCCAUCUAUUCUUUCCCUGGGUCCUCCUCCUCCUCCUCCACCUCCCCCGCCUCCUCCGCCACUUCCUUCCCCGGAGGAGCAGCAGCAGGGUAAGGGCAGGGAGAAUAAUCCCAGCCCAGUGCGGCACCAUGAACGCAAGUCUGAAUCUUCCUCUCUGCCCCUGGCUCCAUUCUCCCCCCGAUUCUUUGACAGCAGUCAGCUGCAGACGGCGAGGAAGAAGCUGAAGAAGACGGCCUCGCUGGACUCGUCUCAGUGGAGGAGAGCGAGCUCCCCCAUGGACGAGGUGCUGGCCUCUCUGAAACGUGGCUGUUUCCACUUGAGGAAGGCCGAGCUGCGAGUCCUGGCCCCCGACCCGGACGACGACACCGACAACAUCCUGGCUCAGAUCCGGCAGGGCGUCCGGCUGAAGAAGGUGCGGACCCGGCCAGAGCAGCAGCGUCACGCCAAGGGCUUCCCCCACUCGGCCGACGCUCUGACCCGCAGCAUCCACGAGGCUCUGAGGAGAAUCAAAGAGGCUUCGCCGGAGUCCGAGUCGGAGGACGAAGGCCUCCCAUGCACGGACUGGGAAAACUAGUUUGGCUUAUAGGAAGUUUUUUAUGGAUACGUGGAGCCAAAACGAAGAGAAAACAAGCAUACAAACCAGGGUUAAAGCACCUGGACAUACCUUGGUGCAAUUUGAACAAAAACCCUUGAUUUUUUUUUUUUUUUUUUUUUAUAUCAAAAACCGCUCAGAAGUAUGUUUUUUUUUUUUUUUUUAUUCAUACUUCUGUGUUGUUUGUAAAGAUGGACCACUAAUCUUUUUUUUUAUGUCGUUGCUGUGGCAUUGUUGGCGAGGAUACAACCUCUAACCUCUCAUUAUGUCAGUCUACAUGUCAGAGUCGUACUGUAGCUUGCUGUGAUGGGUUUGUUUUAGGAAGUGAGUAUUUUUUAGUCUUUACGUUUCUCUCGCGUUCAACGACACGGUAAGCAUUCAGACUCUUCACUGAACACGUGUGCUGUACACUUUUACAUUUAACUACGUGACAACCAUUUCUACUGUAUCUUUCAGUGCAUAAAAUGCCUGAACGGUCAUGCAGGAUAGGACAAAUCCCACUUGGCAUAGUUUGACAUUUUGAGAGAUAAAGCUGCUGGCUGUAACUACAAAUUAGCGUAUUUCCCAAAAUGUAAAACUAUUACUUGCAUUUGCUAAGUUGGGUCAUUUUCAUCAUCCUGGUGGAAAGAACGCAAACACUUUGAUUAGUGUAUUUAGCAAAUCAGACAUGCCUGUUUUAGCAUUUUCUCUUUAGAAAUAAUUAAUAAGAUGCAUAUUGAGUAAAGUAUGAUAUAACAAGAGGAGAAGAUUUUGGGGGAAGGAUAUAAAACUCAAAUCCAAUCUCCAUAAUCUGUUCUGAAAACAACAUGACGUUUUAAUUAUUGUAGUUUAACACGGUCAGUAGCUGGAGCAGCAGCGGCUCAUGGAGGCAAUUAGCGCCAGGUUGCCGAAAUUUGCUUCAACUUAAAAUAUGUUUAGACUCAGUGUGACUUAAACUUCCAGAGGAUGCCAGUAUCGCCGAUGUCGAUCUCCGACUUAGAAAUCACAGAAAAAAAAAGACGCUCCCUGUAACAUGUUUUAAGUUUUCUUCAGUAUCAAAGUAAUCCAGUGAUAGUUGUGUGUACGUCCAUGGGUACACUGCAAACAGGAACUGCUAACCGCUAAUUCGGCAUACUUUUAAUGGUGCCAAUUUGCCAGAACCUACUCUGAUGACAUUACACUUCCUGUGUACAUCACACAAAGCAUCAUGGGAAAUGUAAUUGCACAAUUUAGAACAUAAUUCUAAUAAUAGGAGCGACGUAAUCUUUUAUUUCCUGUAUUCAUGCCAGACUUUGAGAGUCUUGAACUCUGAAAGUUCAGCAUGCUGUAGCUGUGAGUGAGAGAGUUCAUGUUUGUAUGUUUUCCAAACAAAGCGUUUACCUGCAGCCCACACAGGCUCAGAAGCUCAGCACAGCUGGGUCAGAAAUACAAAGUAAACUUGGAAAUGCCAACACUGGAAAUAUUAGCACACACCGCUGUAGUUUUUCAGAUAAAUAUUCAUCAGAAACAUCUGUUGACUUGUGCAUCCUCUGCUUUUCCUCCUCCAAGGAUGCCAUUUAAACCAGGACAGUAUUUUGGCUAAAUGUAUUGUAUAAUAUAUUUAAAAAAUAUAUAUAUAUAAAAUUAUAUAUAUAUAUAUAUAUACACACACACACAUUCACACACCAAUUGAAAUAUAAACCAUUACUUGAAUCUAGCUUUAGUCAUUUUCCGUGAUCGGCUGAUUGUGCUGUCACUCUUUUGAGAUAGAGAAAUGGAUGGAUGUAAUAUUUUAAUAUAUAAAGAGGGAUUCCCUGUGAUGAAUAAUAAUGACCUCCGUUGUGAUCAUCCUGUGAUGAUUCAUUACCGUUAAGUUACUCUUCAAGACCCAAAAGCAUAUGACCAAAAAAGGAAACUAUUAAAAAAAAAAAAAAAGCUGGCUGUGUUUCAGACAGAUGAU